AUGUAUAUUUUACCAAGAAAACUUGCACAGUCAUUAGUAUUUUCGCUUUCACAUCACAGUAGUUUUACUUCAAAAACUUACCAUUCCAUCAUUGGCUCAACUUAUGCUCAUUAUACAUCCAACCCCACAAAUUAUUAUAUAACAAAAUUAUCAUUUGCAAGAUUUUUAUGUUCAUCAACUAUAGGAAUAUUAGAUUUUGAUCAAGAAAAUGAAAAUGAGUUAAAGAAUCAUGAUGUUCUGUCUCACGGUUAUGGAAAAAGUUUUGAACUCGAUGAUGGAAAUUCAGUUUUAUCGAAGGAUUGCGAAAAAAGUUUCAAACUUGAUAGCGAAAAUCUUGUUUUAUCGAAGGAUGAUGAAAAAAGUCUUCAACUUGAGAGCGAAAAUCUUGUUUUACUGAAAAAUUGUGAAAAAAGUUUUGAACUUGAAAGUGAAAAUAUUCUUUUGUCCAAAGAUCGUGCAAAAAGGUCUGAGCUUGAAAGUGAAAUUGAAUUAAUGAUGGAAACCAUUAGACCCCAUGAAAGAAAUCUUGUUUCUAUGAGGAAAAAUCUUGAAAAAUGUGGUGUGCCCGUGUCGUUGGAUUUGGUGACGGAAGUUCUUGCCCGGGUAAGAAAUGAUUGGGAGGUGGCGUUUACGUUCUUUUUAUGGGCUGGGGAGCAAGAAGGUUAUGCACAUUGUUUGCGCCAAUACCAUUCCAUGAUUGCGAUAUUGGGAAAAAUGAGAAGGUUUGAUACUGCUUGGGGAUUGAUUGAUGAGAUGAAAAGAGGUGGGAAGAAUGGUGGCGAAUCAAUGGUAACACCUCAAACAUUGUUGAUCAUGAUUAGAAGGUAUUGUGCUGUUCAUGAUGUGGGAAAGGCUGUUAAUACCUUUUAUGCUUAUAAGCAGUUUGGUUUUAGAGUUGGUGUAUAUGAGUUUCAUGAUCUUUUGUCUGCACUUUGUCAUUACAAAAAUGUAAAAGAAGCGGAGGCUUUGUUGAUGUGUAAUAAAGAUGUUUAUCCGUUAAAUACAAAAAGUUUUAAUAUUGUUCUUAAUGGAUGGUAUAAUGUAAUUGGUAGUCCCCGAGAAGGAAAGAGACUAUGGUGGGAGAUGUGUAAUAGAGGCAUUUGUCCUGAUGUAAUAUCGUAUUCUAGUGUCAUAACUUGUUAUUCGAAGUCUAGAGAGUUGAAAGAGGUGAUGAAGGUUUUUAAUGAGUUGGUAGCGAGUGAUAUACAUCCAGAUAGGAAGAUUUAUAAUGCUGUGAUUCAUGCUCUAGCUAAAUCUGGGCUUAUAGAGAAAGCUCGUGAGCUUAUGAGUUCAAUGGAAGAAAAAGGAAUUUCUCCAAACGCGAUUACUUAUAAUUCACUGAUCAUGCCUCUUUGUAAAGCUCAUAAAUCGUUGGAAGCUCGCAAGGCUUUUGAUGAAAUGCUACAAAGAGGGUUGUUUCCUUCUGUUCGAACAUACCAUGGUUUCUUUCAGGCAUCAAAAACAGCCGAAGAUGCUUUUUGGGUUUUGCAAAAGAUGAAUAAAAUGGGAUGUCGUCCGAGUCAUGAUACGUACAUUAUGUUGACUAGAAAGUUUUGUCGUUGGGGUGAAAUGGACAAUGUGUGGAAGCUGUGGAAUGAAAUGAUUAGCAAUGGACUAGACCCUGAUCGGAGUUCAUAUGUAGCCUUGAUAAAUGGGCUUUUUUUGAAUGGGAAGUUGGAGGAAGCAUAUGAAUAUCAUGUGGAAAUGAAGACUAAGGGUCUAUUACCUGAACCUGAAAUAGAAGAGAGGCUGGAAGCUUGGAUGGCUGGCAAGAGGGAUUUUAAUCCCAAAUGUAAUGACUCUGAUUUAUGGCCGUUCAAUUUAGACCAGAAACUGUCCUGCUCGGUUAUACCCACCUUUUUCAGGAUGACUACACUAGUGUAUUGCAAAGAGAAAGAAUGAUCAGUGUUGAGAAUUGGUGAUUUAUGGGGGUUGGUUGAAGAAGUAUCACAAUUGUUCGGCUUCCCUCCAAAUGCUGAUGGUACCUUGAGGUGAAAAUUUACGAUAUUGUAAAUUAAUGAAUGAACUAAUAUGAUCAUUUUGCCCCUUUACAGUGAUCUUUUGAUCUGAGAUGUGAAUCUUUGCUAAUGAAGAGUUGUUAUGGUUUAUUGUUCUGUUUAAGGUUAUUUGUCAUUUUUCUAUAUAGUAAACUUCUAUCACAUAUAAUUAGCCAGGAUAUUGAUAUUACUCCACUUAUUAUUGCCUA